AGCCACCACAUGUGUGUAAUAUGUCAACGUGUUUACAAGCAACACCGCUAACCAUUUCCUUCAUACAUUUUAUUAGGCUAAAUCAAUUAGAUCAAUCAAACUCCAUGUGAGUCAGAAAGUUGCGUGAAAAUAGUGGUGAGGUUGUAUGUGACAAUUAAUAAUUACCACGUGAAGUACCGUUGAAGGAAUAAUGGCAACGUUGGAGGACAAGAUUUUGGGGGAGAAAAAUGAGUAUUACUGUAGUUCGGGUGAGGAAGAAGGUAAUGAUUCUGGGGAUUCUGAUAAGGAGGAGGCAGUUUGUGUCAAGGAAGAAACCAGUAGGACAGUGGAAUUGGAUACAUGGGAUGGUACAUCCAGUAAUACCGGUCCUAAAGGGGUCAUUAGGGAUUGGCAACGAUUCAAACAAUUAGAAGCUGAAAAGCGUAAAGAGCAAGAUCGAGAACGUGUGGAGCUGAUGAAGAAGUUGACCCUCACUUGUACAAGUACUCUCGACGAUGAGAAAGAAAAACUCCAGGAAAAUGACCCAGAGCUAUCGGAGCUUCUGGAUGAUGACUUCCUUCUGGAGUAUCAACGACAGAGGAUGACGGAAAUGCUAGCUCAAGCCACGAAGUUGCAGUUUGGGGAAUUGAUAAAUCUAGCCAAUGGCGAUGACUUCCUGAAAGCAAUUGAUGACGAGGACAAAGCCGUCACUGUGGUGGUUCAUAUCUACGAGAAAAAGGCGCCUGGGUGUGAUGCCAUGAAUGGUUGCUUGAUAACACUAGCUCAGGAGUAUUCGUACGUCAAAUUUUGUAAAAUUCUCGGUUCCGCUGCAGGGCUGAGUAAGCACUUUAAAAAGUCGGGAGUGCCAGCUCUCCUAAUAUAUAAGAAUGGUCAGGUGAUCGGCAACUUCGUGCGAGUGACCGAGACGUUGGGGACCGACUUCUAUGCGUCGGACGUCGAGGGCUUUCUCUUGGAGCACGGGAUAAUAAAUGACAAGAACAAUGUUCCCAAAAUCAUCUCCAACUCUAACAAUGAUGACAGCGAUUGACGCGGCAGAACCCGAACCUUUCGAUCUCAAAGUAGUGAAUACAUAGAAAAACCUAGGGCAAAAUGGAUGUCAGAAAUGUCUUUAAACACUCAUACAAGUCGAAUAUCUCCAAAUCUAAGAGGGCGCCCAUAAUUUUUAUAAAUACCAUUUUUAAAGCUGCAAUCCUGCCCUACAAAAGAGGUCGCAACAAAAAUUUAACUGAAUUCACUGGUUAUCCUCUAUCUUUUUUUCACUUAAUUGACUAGAAUUAGGACAAAAACACCUGUCUUCAAGGAGAAAAAAUGAUUUCAUUUAAUCAACGAUUGCAUCAAAUUUUAAUAUUAAAAAAGGUUCAGAGUC